CUACUGCCUCCAUACUUCAUUAUUAGAUCUCAGGUCAACCAUAUGGGAAAAAAAGAAGAAAUGUCAUUUAAAGUGACAGACAACCUGCCUCUGGAAGUGAUCAGCCCUCCAAAAACAAACUUAACAAGUAUUUCCUGGAAUGUAAUAUCUGUAUUUCGUUUAACGUGAUUCAUAAAAACAAUGGCACUAUCGUCAACAUAUUUGAGGUCGCUGUCGUAUAAAGUCCUCACUUUGAAAGAAGUUUUCAAAAGAAGUAGAUGUGUACAUAAUAGUAGCCUAUCAGUAGCAGAGAGUUCAGAGGCGAGUGAAAAUGCUUUAAGACCUGUAUCCCAAGAUUUGUCUAGUAUAACACCUUAUUUUUCAAAUACUUUUAAUUUAGCAGCUUAUGUCAAUAAUUCUGAAACAUUGAAGAAUUUAGUUGAUUUAAAUGUAAACAUAAGCAAAAUUGAGAAAAAGCCAUACAUAGUACACAAAUUCCUAACAUUAGACUUUGAGAAAGAUAUGAAAAAUCAUAUAAUAUAUUUAAGCAACUUUGUUGAAAUGGAUGAAAUUGGAAAUUUUCUAACUAAGAACCCUAUGAUCUUAUGUGAAAAAUUAGAAGACCUUGAAGUAAGAGUUAACUAUUUACAAUCGAAAGCAUUCAAAAACAAUGAAAUUAAAAGGAUUAUAGUGAAAAAUCCAUUUUGGUUAAUGUUUAGUACUUUGAGGAUUGACAAGAGAUUAGGUUACUUCCAAAAAUGUCUUAACUUGCGAGGCCAAGAAUUGAGAGAUUUAGCUACUAAGCAACCAAAAUUAAUAACAUACAAUUUACAUCAUGUAAAAUGCAACAUGUUCAUAAUAAAAGAAGAAAUGGGCUUUAAUGAUGAAGAGGUGAAAAAAUUAGUAAUGAUGAAACCAAAACUCCUAAUGUUGAGUCAGACAACUCUGGAGGAGAGAUUUAAUUACAUUCACAAUCUUAUGAAAAUACCUCAUGAAAAUAUAAUGGAGACACCUGAAAUAUUAAUGUGUAGAAAAUUUAGAUUAAAACAGCGUCAUUUAUUUUUAGAAAAGCUAGGUCGCUCACAGUAUGAUCCAAAGAAGCCAAAUUAUAUUCCAUUGAAAUCUAUGAUUGAAGACACAGAUGUAGAAUUUUGUAGAAAUUAUGCUAAAUGCAGUGUUAAUGACUUCAACAUAUUUUUAAAGACAUUAUAAUUAUCCAGCUUUACCCAAAACCAUUUUAUUUUGAAAGGCAUUCAAUGAAUGGUACAAAAGAGCAUCAAGGAUUCCUGCAACUGUGAAUACACCACCUAUUAUAGCACAAAUAUUUGUGGCAAAGUGUCCAAUUGAUCUGAAAAGAAUAAAACCAAGAUAACCAGAAAGUCAACAGUAUGUAACUUUGCAGAAUGGCAUUUCUAGUGCAGCAAUUAAAUAAUUACCUUUCCUUUUCUGUGUAUUUAACCAUAAGAGGUGACAACUCAUAGCUGAAAAAUGCCCCUGGCAUUCCAGAUUCUGCGUUUAUAUUGGAUACUGAUUUUUGAUGUCUUGUUACAGAAAACUGAUUAGUAUGUAACACAGUCUUAUCCAAUUUUACAUACAUGGUUGGCACUAUUUUCAAAUAGUAUUGAAACAUUACAGCUCCUGUAAAGGAAAUAAGUGCUUAAAUGCUAAA